AAAUUUUUGCAGAGAGAAUCUUUAGCCCCAUUGAAUAGUAUCACAAUAUACAUACCCUAACAAACGUAUAAUCUCCUUCUUCAAGCUCCCGGCCCUUAAUAUAACCACCAUUAUUUUUUUUUUCAAGGGACAAAAGCUGGAAUUUCUGAAUAAUAAUCUUUGCACAAUGUUUCCUUUACAACAAAGCGAUGACCUGGUCUACCAGAUUUUCUUCAAUUCUAACCAACACAAAAUCCCACAAGAUCUGAUUACGGAUCAUGCCUCACUGGAAGGCACUCCUAUUCCUAUAAUUGGCAACAGCAUGGGGAAAAGCCAGAGGCGGAAAGUCUGUCAUAUGGAGAGUACUAGUACUCAAGCGUUUACUUGUGAUAAAUAUAAGAAACAGAAGUUGCAUAGGGAGAUUGAACGCCAAAGGAGGCAAGAUAUGGCUUCCCUUUAUGCGUCACUUCGAUCUCUUCUCCCUGGUGAAUAUAUCAAGGGAAAGCGCUCGAUGUCGGAUCACAUGAACGAGGCAGUGAAUUAUAUAAAACACCUAGAGAAGAAGGUUAAAGACCUUGAUGUUAAGAGAGAUGAACUGAAGAGAGUGUCCAAUUUGGCUGCUCUUGGGUCAGGAACCGAAUCUUCAAACCACUACUUCAUAAUCCGACCCUGCUUGAUCGGUAUCGAGAUUAUGUUUCGUUGUGGCUUUGAGGAGCAAGGUUUGCCCCUAUCAAGAGUAUUAGCUGCACUUGUUGAUGAAGGACUUCCUGUUGUUAGUUGUAUCUCCACCAAAUCAGAAGAAUAUUUACUUCAUACUAUCCAAACCGAGGUCAAUGAUCCAACAAGCUUCAAUCUAUCCGGGCUGCAACAGAAACUAGCUAAACAUUGCGUUGCUUCCUCUUGCAGUCCAAAUGAAACUGCUAGAGUUGGAUGCAGGCAGAUAACUUGGACGGUAGCUAUCUGUAUCAGUACUUCAACGGACCAAAUGAUAGAGUCUCAUGAGAUUGUGAAGAAAUAGAUAUGCAGGAUCACUAAUUUCUAGGGUCUUGAAGUUGAGUUCAGCUUGGGGUGAUGUAUUUACAAAAUUGAUGCCUUAAUUCUUGUGAAUUCCUAGUUUUCGUUCAAGGCUGUAGCUUGUUACCAGAAUGUGUUGUAGGGCUUGUAACCCAAUUUAGUGUUGAGUCAUAAUUUGGUUUCUUGAACGAGAGAGUGUGGGUAAAAGUUGGUCAUGCAAAUUAAGUCUCGGAAAUCAUUAAUUUGUAAUGGUAAAUGCAUGCUGAAA